UAUACCCAUCACUACUAGCCUGAUCAAAGCCACCAUCACCAUCUUCUCCACUACCUCUCUCUAAUGGAGUCUUUGUCUAAGCUUAGCCAUGACCCUCUUCAACAUACCACUACCCUACCCUCCACUCUUCUGUCACAGCAACUUCAUUCUAUUUUCUUGGAACUUCUAAGCUUUUCUGCUGUCAUACUUAUAGCUUCCAUAGAAGCAUUUUUCAUCUUACAUCAAUGGAAACCCAUUUUCCAUUUCCUCUUUCUCUGUUCUUUCAUCCUCUUUUUCAUCCUCAAACUCUUCCUUUCAAAACCUCCUCCAAUUUAUUUAGUUGACUUCUCAUGUUUUAAACCUCCAAGCUUUUGCAGAAUCCCCUUCUCCUCCUUCCUUGAAAAUGCUUCCUUAUUUCAAUUCCAUGACGCUGAAAGCCUCUCUUUCAUGGCCAAAAUCCUCACUACUUCCGGACAAAGUGAAGAGACCUGUGUGCCCCCAGCUUUACACUACAUUCCACCAAAAACCCAUCUACGAGAAUCCAUCAAAGAAGUCCGUAUGGUGCUCUUCCCUGUCAUGGAAGACCUACUCUCCAAAACUGGUCUCUCUCCACGUGACAUUGAUAUUCUUAUCGUAAAUUGUAGUGGUUUUUGUCACUGUCCUUCACUCUCUUCCAUUAUCAUAAACAAAUACUCCAUGAGGAGUGAUAUUAAGAGCUAUACUCUCUCUGGUAUGGGAUGCAGUGCAAGCGCUCUUGCCAUUGAUAUGGCUCAAAGUCUCCUAAAAAUCCACAGAAACUCUUAUGCUCUUGUUCUUAGCACUGAAAUCUUGUCUUCCGGUUGGUACUCAGGAAAUGACCGAACAAAGUUGCCCCUUAACUGCCUCUUCAGAACAGGCAGUGCAGCCAUUUUGCUUUCAAAUAGAAAAGAAGCAAAGGAGUACUCAAAAUACAAGCUGUUUCGAACACUGAGAACCCAAAGAGCCUUUGAUGACAAGGCUUAUCUUUCAGCAUUUCGUGAAGAGGACUCUGAAGGAAAUCUUGGGGUUACACUGAAGAGAGAUUUACUACAAGUCGCUGGAGAAACUCUCAGAUCAAACAUCACCGUUCUUGGUUCCUCAAUCUUGCCCUUAUCAGAGAAACUUUGGCAUGGUGUUUCAAUUUUAUGGAAGAAAUUUAUUGACAAAUCUAGUGAAAUAUACGUGCCAAAUUUCAAGACAGUGAUACAGCAUUUUUGCUUGCCAACAUCAGGGAGACCAGUGAUCAGAGAGAUAGCGAAAGGGCUAAAGCUUGGAGAUAGAGACAUGGAAGCUGCAUUAAUGACACUACACAGGUUUGGUAACCAGUCUUCCUCUUCAUUGUGGUAUGAAUUGGCUUACUUGGAAGCUAAAGAAAGAGUGAACAAAGGUGACAAGGUUUGGCAACUUGGUAUGGGCAGUGGGUCCAAGUGCAAUAGUGUUGUUUGGGAGUGCAUAAGGCCCAUUAUUGGAGAGUCCAAGAGGGGCCCAUGGGCUGAUUGUAUUUGUCGUUAUCCAAUCAUGGCCGUUGAUUAAGGGAUUAGCCGAUAAUUAUUAAUUAAUAUGGUGAUUAAUUCUACUGUAAACAUGCAUGUAGAAGAAGCAGAAUCCUAAAUUGUUCCUUGUCUUUAAUUAGUUUCAGUCAGUCUUUUCAUUUGCUAUUUAAUUUUAUGGGUAAUUUAAAGUGUUUGUUGGACUGGGGUAUUAA